ACAAAACCCUAAUCGCCUUCUUGUUAAAUCAAUCUUUGCAGUCUUGUUCUUUUUUUCAGUCUUUCUUCGUCUCUCGCACGCUUUCUCCGCCGCUCUGCGCCUUCCCGGAUAGGCUAAUUAACUUGAUGCUCGUUGGGAGUUGAAGACAAAUUUCUUGGGCAGAAUGGGAUUUGAUAACGAGUGCAUACUGAAUAUCCAAUCUCUGGCCGGAGAAUACUUCUGUCCUGUUUGCCGCCUACUUGUCUACCCAAAUGAAGCAUUACAAUCACAAUGCACCCAUCUAUACUGCAAACCAUGUUUAACCUAUGUUGUCAGCACUACUCGAGCUUGUCCUUAUGAUGGUUACUUGGUAACAGAAGCUGAUUCUAAGCCACUUGUUGAGUCAAAUAAGGCACUUGCUGAUACGAUUGGGAAGAUCACUGUUCAUUGUCUCUAUCAUAGGAGUGGCUGCACGUGGCAAGGUCCGCUUUCUGAAUGUACAGCUCAUUGUUCUGGGUGUGCAUUUGGAAAUUCUCCUGUUGUAUGUAACCGGUGUGGUGUUCAGAUUGUGCAUCGUCAAGUUCAAGAACAUGCACAAAAUUGCCCUAGGGUGCAGCCUCAGGCCCAGCAGGUUGUGAGUGGUCAGGAAAUUUCAGCCUCGGGCACCACUUCUGAUCAGACUCAGGUUGCUUCUCAGGCAGGAACAGCUGCUUCUCAGUCCCAGGCAUCUCAAACUACAACAUCCAGUACAUCUGUACAGGACUUUGGUCAGCAGGCCAAUCCAAAUCCUCAGUCUCAAGCUGUCUCCCAGUUUGCUGCGGUUACUUCAGAACAAUGGUCUCAACAACAACAACAACAACAACAAAGUCAGCAAUACUACCAGCAGUACACUGGAUAUGACUCGUAUUAUCAGCAAUAUUACCCAUAUCAACAGCAGGCAUUUCCACAAUACCAGCAGCAAUCUUUGCAGGUUAAUGCAACACAUAUGGCUGGGCAGAAUCCACUCUACUUGCAGACCCAGUCCCAACCUCAGUCACACUUACCUGUUCAGGUUGCUGUAGCUUCUCAACCUCAGAGCCAGGCACAAGCUAAUCAACAGCAGCAAACUCACCUUACGAUCCCACUGCACUAUCAAAUUCCAGCUCAAACUUACCCAACAUCUCUGGGCCAUUCCCAACCUCUGGUUCAACCACUUCCUCAAGCUCAGCCACAUCCUCAGGUCCAAACUAUUCAGCCUCAUCUGCAACAUGGGCACAUGCCUCAGUAUCAGCAGCAGCAUUCCCAGAUGCAACUCCCACAGCCUCAACCUCCUCCUGCUCCUCAAGUUCAACCUCAUUCACAAGCUCAGCCACAGGCACACCAACUCCAGCCCCUUCCCCAGCCUCAGCUCCAGCCACAUCCUCAACCAAGCCAGCCCUUGAAUCCAAAUUUAUUGCCACAGACACAACCCACUGCUACCCAGGCAGUGACUGGUCAUCAAUCUUAUUUGCAAUCGCAGCCUCACCAGCUGGUAACACUACAAAAUCCCUUGCAUAUGCAUGCUCAAGGGGGCCUUCAUCCACAGCAGCAUCCCGUUGAAAUGCAGAAUUCCUACCCUCAGCAACCUUCUCAGAUGCGGCCACCCCAGUCUCAUGCUGCAAUUCCAAACCAACAGCAGCCUGGUUCGUUGCCUUUACCCAAUCCUAUGCUGCACCAAGCACAUCAUCAUUCUGUUCAACAUCCACUUUCAGCUCAACCACAAAGAGUUAUACAGCCUCCUACGUCACUUAUAUCUCAUCAAUAUAUGCAGCAGCAACCUCUGUCAACCCAACCGCUGGGCUUGGUUCAGCCUCAAAUGCAUCAACAGGGUCCUUUUGUGCAGCAACAACAGCCCAUGCAAUCUCAAUUUCGGCCCCCAGGCCCCCCUCAGUCCUUUCAGCAGCCUCCUCAUGCCUAUCAACAACCGCAGCAAAAUGUUGCAGAACCGAAUGUUGUGCAUCCCUAUCCAAUGCCUAAUCCUGCUGGGAGACCUUUGACGCCAAAUCAUGGACUACAAUCACAGCCAUAUCCUCAGUCUGCACCUGCUAUGCUGGUUAAGCCUAUGCAGCUUGGUGUCAACCAGCCAUCUUAUCAGUAGUGUGCUUAGAACCAACAACCAAUCUGGGUUAAAUUCACAACCCGUGUCAGAGAUGCCAGGAGAUCAUGGUACUUUACAUGUGGCUAAGAAAGAAGCUGAUUUAUCUUCCCAGGGAAUUGCUAAAAAAGAAUCUAAUGAGUUGGAUCUGGCAUCUAGUCUUGUAGCUGAUGUGGUCAACACUAAUACUUCAAAACCCAAUGCUGAUUUGAAAUUGAUAGAUGAAAAACCUGCUGGUGAUGUUGGGGAUAAUAGUGGUGUGUUUCAUAAUUCUACUAAAGUGACACAAGAAUCUGGACACACAGAUCGUGUAUCGCAGAGAGAUACAUUGUCUAAGAAUAUUGUUAAGGGUGAGGCUAUCGAGGACCAGAAAGAUGUUGACAAUGCUGAUAGCAAAGUAGAAGAAAAUAAAAUUAAGGAUGGUCCUUUGCUGAAAACUCCAGUGCUGCAGGAUGCUAAGCUUGGUGAAGAGCAAAAUGGGAAGAUGCUGAAGGAAAGAAUUCAAUCUCAAGAUAAAAGUACAGCUAAAGGUUCUGCAGCAAUGAAUUUUCUGGAAUCCCUCGAUCUAGUCAGGUGCAGCCUUCUCAUUCAGUUCCAGUUGUUGAUCAGGGAAGGCAGCAGCCCCUACAGAUGCCAUAUGGGUCUAAUAAUAAUAACCAACAAAAACCUGCUGCUUCUGCAGUGUUACAAGCACCUCUGCCCGGACUGCCUUCACAUGCACAAGCACCAGGACUUCCUCCCAAUCAAGUUAGGCCCCAGGGCCCAGGGGAGAUUUCAGUCCCACCUGAAAAUUUUGCUCCUCCCUUUGGCAGAGGACCAAGUAAUUAUGGUCCUCAAGGGCCUUAUAGUCAAGGUCCUGUUUCUGGUGCUCCUAGGUUGCCUAGACAAGGUGAACAUUUGAAUCCAUUCCCUUUGGAUCAUGCCAAACGUUUUGGUGAUCGAGGACAAUUUGAUGAAGAUCUGAAACAAUUUCUAGGCCUUCGCAUUUGGAUUCUGGGCCUGUUCCUAAAUAUGGGAGCUACUUUUCCUCAUCCAGAUCUCUUGAUAGAGGUCCUCAUGGCUUUGCUAAGGAUAUGGGACCAUGGGCUCAUGAGAAGGACCCUCGUGGUUUGAAUUUUGAUCCUAUGAUUGACUCUGGUCCUUCUCGAUUCUUGCCACCAUAUCAUCUUGAUGAUGCAGGAGAAAGACCGGUUGGUCUUCCUGAAGAUUCUCUAGGCAGACCAGGUUUUCUUGGAACAGUUCCAGGCUAUGGUCGGCAUCGUAUGGAUGGUUUUGUCUCUAGAAGUCCAGGCAGAGACUAUUCAGGCAUAUCCUCACACAGAUUUGGAGGACGUCCUAGUGAUGAGAUAGAUGGCAGGGACCGUGGAUUCGAUGAUAGAUUUUCAGGUUUUCCUGGGCAUAUACAUAGGUGGGUUUGAGAGUUCUGAUCACAUGCCAGAGCAUUUUGGUCCAGAUAUUCGACCUCCACACUUCAUAAGGGGUGAAAAUUUUGGUCAUAACAUGCCUGGUCAGUUGCGGAUGGAAGGACCUAUUGGCUUUGGUGAGAUUUCUAGCCAUGAACAUAUGGGAGAAUUUGAUGGGUCUGGGCACUUCCGUCAACCACGACUUGGUGAACCUGGAUUUAGAAGCAGCUAUUCCCUUAGAGAAUUUCCUAAUGAUGGUGGAAUCUAUACAGGUGAUAUGGAUUCAUUUGAAAAUUUGAGAAAGAGAAAACCGGCAAGCAUGGGCUGGUGCCGUAUUUGUAAAGUGGACUGUGAAACAGUUGAAGGCUUGGACAUGCACUCACAAACAAGGGAGCACCAGAAAAUGGCUAUGGAUAUGGUUGUGAUCAUCAAACAAAAUGCAAAGAAACUGAAACAAACCUCCAGUGAUCACUCACUACGCAAUGAUUCAAACAAAUCAAGGAAUACAAAAUUUGAAAGCCGUUCAAAUAAGAUUAACUCUUGAUAUAUGCCCAUAGAUUGUGGUUGUGCACUUGCUAGCUUGGAAUUGAGUUUGUCGGUUUGGUAUUUGGCACUUAGUGAUGUUGGUCACUCACCCUUGCCUCUUUUCUACUUCUGGGUGGUUUAUGCUGGUCCUGUCAUUUCAGGUUGCUUACAUGUUAAUGGAGAUGGUUUUGGAACUGAAGUUCAGUGGCAGUUAAGUUUUUUGUUUUUUCCUUUUUAACAUGAUAUUCUGUUUCUUUUGAACUUUCGUAUUUGUGGCUACUUAAUCAUUAUCUGGUUAAAAAUUGAAAUAUCA